GCUGCAUGCGCAGGGAAGACGACUAGCCAAGGCGCCCUCGCCUCCCGCCGCCGACCACGCGCGCUAUCUGCAUGCCAAGUUGCCGAGCUAGGAUGCACGCGCACCAGCACCAGCACGCGCUGCUCGCGGCGCUCCUCGCGUGCGCGCUCGCGGCGUCGUCGUCGACGGCCGGAGCGCAGCCGGCGGGGCAGCAGGGGUAUGCCUACGGCGACGUGUCCGGGCAGCAGGUGCACGUCAGCACGACGAUGAUCGUGCUGCUGGCCGCCGUCGUCGGGGUUUUCCUGUUCAUCGCGAUCUCCACCAUCUACCUCCGCCACUGCACCGGUUACGACCCCGCGACGGAGGGCGGCGGCGUCGGCGGGAGCCGUUCCAUGAUCCUCCCUGCCAACAGCUUCGUCUCGAGGCGGCAGCGGCGGCCGCGCGGGCUCGACUCGUCGGUGGUCCGGAUGUUCCCCACCAUGAAGUACGCCGAGGCGAAGGCGCUGCGGGUGGGGAAGGUCGCCGGCGCCGCGCUGGAGUGCGCGGUGUGCCUCAGCGAGUUCGAGGACGACGAGAUGCUCAGGUUCCUGCCCAAGUGCAGCCACGCCUUCCACCCGGACUGCAUCGGCCAGUGGCUCGCCAGCCACGUGACCUGCCCCGUCUGCCGCCGCAAUCUCGACCCUAACAAGGACACCACCGAAGAGGUGAUCAUCCCGGCCGCCGCCGCCGCCGAUCCGAACAGCACCUCCAGUGAAAUAGUUGUGAUACGGCAAGAAGACGGGGCGCACCCAGCAGCCGUGGUGAUCGACGUGGUCACCGAGGAGGACGACGAGGAGCGGAGGAAGGAGGAGCUAGAGCUUCAGGCGAUAGGCACCCAGCUCCGCGCGAUGCGGUCACGGUCGGGGCUGCGGCCAAAGACGUCGGCGGCGAAGCUUCCCCGGUCGCACUCCACUGGCCACUCCCUCGCCGUCCGGCUCGACGGCGACCUAGAGCGGUACACGCUGCGGCUGCCGGAGCACGUACACAGGGAGAUGGUCGCGGCGGGGGAGCAGAGCGUGCGCCGCGGGAGGAGACUCGGGGAAGGGGUCGGCAUGGGCGCUCGGUGCAGCCCCCGGUUUUCGCGGUCGGGCAGAUGGUCAUCUUUUCUCUCAAAUUCUUUGUCAGGAAAGCUGUCUUUCCUCUCCCCGUCGUCGAGGAGAACGCCGGAUAGCACCCAGGUGGAAGUGUCAUCAUCCUCGUCGUCGUCGGUGACGAAGGUGAAAGGGAAGCGCGUGGCCGCCGUCGAUGUUGCCGACGACGGUUCUGCUCAUGGGACUGCACAGUACCCUGGUUGCACUGUGGCCAGCUCGGCGGCGGCGGCGGCUGUGGACGUGGAGAAGGCAGCUACCAGGAGACGAAUGCAUAAAUGAAAUGUUAGGCAUUAACACCCGCCGUUUCGGCCGGGCGCAGGCUCUGUCAAUAUGACUGGUAAACCAUCUCCAUCGACUGGACGCCGAGGGUAAGAAUUUAACUUUACAAUUCAUAUCGAUGAUCGAUCAAUAUGUAAGAUUUGCCAAUACAUCUGAAUAAACUGAAGCCUAUUACUACAUAGCAGAAGUA